AUGCUCGGCCACCAGUUCGCCUAUUCAGCGGCUCCGAUCCGCAAAGUGAAGGAAGUGCAGUUUGGUAUUCUUUCUCCCGAAGAGAUCAAAGCCAUUUCUGUUGCCAAAAUCGAACAUCCAGAGGUCAUGGAUGAGGCUACCCACAAGCCCAAGAUGGGCGGACUGAUGGAUCCACGCAUGGGCACCAUCGACCGGAAUUUCAAGUGUCAAACGUGUGGUGAAGGAAUGUCAGAAUGCCCUGGCCAUUUUGGGCACAUAGAGUUGGCGAGGCCUGUCUUCCAUCCUGGCUUUAUCAUCAAAGUGAAGAAAAUUUUGGAAUCUAUAUGUGUGAAUUGUGGGAAGUUGAAAGCCGACAUCUUGGAUCCCAAUUUCGCGGACAAAAUCCGUCACAUUCGAGACCCUAAGACGCGGAUGGCCGUCGUCUGGGCUCAUUGCAAAACCAAGACAACUUGCGAGACGGAUGACCCGAAAGAGGAAGGAGCAGACGCUGAGAACGACGAACCGAAGAAGGGCCACGGCGGAUGUGGCCAUAGUCAGCCGCAAAUCAGGAAGGAGGGCUUGAAAUUGUUUCUUCAGUAUAAGAAGCCGAAAGAUGAUGAUGAUCCUGAUAAACGUUUGAUCACUCCUUCGGAAGUCUACACGGUCUUUAAGAAGAUGUCGGAUCACGACCUACAUCUUCUCGGUUUGUCCGAUGAGUAUGCCAGGCCAGAGUGGAUGAUCUUGACCGUUAUGCCUGUCCCUCCUCCACCCGUUCGUCCAAGUAUUGCUGUCGACGGCGGUGCAAUGCGAAGUGAGGAUGAUCUGACCUACAAGCUUGGUGACAUCAUCAAAGCUUCUGCAAAUGUUCGACGUUGCGAACAAGAAGGCGCACCAGCCCACGUCAUUACAGAGUUUGAGCAGCUUCUGCAGUUCCAUGUCGCUACUUACAUGGACAACGACAUUGCUGGUAUUCCGCAAGCACUACAGAAGUCUGGUCGUCCUGUGAAAGCCAUUCGUGCUCGCCUUAAGGGCAAAGAAGGGCGUUUGCGUGGUAACUUGAUGGGAAAACGUGUUGAUUUUUCAGCUCGUACAGUCAUCACAGGUGACCCCAAUCUCGAGCUUGAUGAAGUUGGGGUGCCAAGGAGCAUCGCCAUGAAUCUGACCUAUCCUGAACGGGUCACUCCAUAUAACAUCGCGUAUCUUCAGGAGCUGGUACGCAACGGCCCAACGGCUUACCCUGGAGCAAGAUAUGUUGUCCGAGACACUGGCGAGCGAAUUGACUUGAGGUACAAUAAACGAGCGGACGCCUUUCUCCAGUAUGGUUGGAUUGUUGAGCGUCAUCUGAAAGACGGAGACUUCGUUCUCUUCAAUCGACAACCUUCCCUACACAAAAUGAGUAUGAUGAGUCAUCGAGUGAAAUUGAUGUACUACUCAACAUUCCGUCUCAACCUUUCUGUUACCCCUCCCUACAACGCUGACUUCGAUGGUGAUGAGAUGAACAUGCAUGUGCCUCAGAGUGAAGAAACACGGGCUGAGCUGAGUCAGAUUGCAUGGGUUCCACGACAGAUUAUCUCCCCUCAAGCCAACAAACCCGUCAUGGGGAUUGUCCAGGACACAUUGUGCGGCAUUCGCAAGUUUACCCUCCGUGACACAUUUUUGGACUGGAACCAAGUGCAGAACAUCCUUCUCUGGGUACCGGAAUGGGACGGCUCAGUACCUAUACCUGCCAUCCUCAAACCUAAGCCGUUAUGGACGGGGAAACAGAUACUCAGUUUGGCUAUCCCACGUGGUAUCAACAUCCAUCGCUCGCCUGAUCCGAAGUCAUCGAAUCCUGUAUUUGACGACGGUGUUCUGAUCGAGAAUGGCGAGCUCAUCUUCGGUAUCGUCGAGAAAAAAACUGUUGGUGCAUCUCAAGGCGGUCUCGUGCACGUCGUGUUUCGUGAAAAAGGUCCAGAGGCAACCCGACAGUUAUUCACGGGUCUGCAGAUGGUGGUCAACUACUGGCUCUUCCACAAUGGCUUCAGCAUUGGCAUUGGCGAUACUAUCGCCGAUCGUGGCACCAUGUCCUACAUUACUCAGACCAUCGCUGACAGCAAGGCCAAUGUCGCAAAAAUCAUUAAUGAUGCGACCCAUGAUCGUUUGAAAGCCGCUCCUGGUAUGACUAUUCGCGAAUCAUUCGAGAGUCUGGUCGAGCGUCAGCUUAACUUGGCUCGUGAUACGUCGGGUCAGUACGCGCAGAAGCAUUUGAAGGAGGACAACAAUGUCAAGCAGAUGGUGGUCGCUGGGUCGAAGGGUUCCUUCAUCAACAUCUCGCAAAUGUCGGUUUGUGUUGGACAGCAGUCAGUAGAGGGUCGUCGAAUUCCAUUCGGCUUCCGUCACCGCACGUUGCCUCAUUUCACCAAGGAUGACUUCAGUCCUGAGUCCCGUGGUUUCGUCGAAAACUCCUACCUUCGUGGAUUGACACCCCAAGAAUUCUUUUUCCAUGCCAUGGCUGGUCGUGAGGGUUUAAUUGAUACAGCGGUGAAGACAGCCGAGACAGGAUACAUUCAACGUCGACUCGUGAAGGCUUUGGAGGAUGUCAUGGUUUGCUAUGACGGAACGGUUCGAAACUCGCUGGGCGAUCUCAUCCAAUUCGUAUACGGAGAGGAUGGCAUGGAUGGCGCUUUUAUUGAGAAGCAGACCAUUGAAACAUUUGGUCUCGACGACAAGGAGUUUGAGCACAACUAUCGCGUUGACGUUACGGACCCAACAGGCGGCUUCCUUCCUGGAGUGCUGCAAGUUGGAAUUGACGACAGCUCUUUGGAAUUGCAGUCAAAGUUGGACGAAGAAUUUGCUCGACUUGUGGAAGACCGUCGCCUGCUACGACACUUCAUCUUCCCUCGCGUGCCAACAACUCAACCACAUUACCUCCCUGUCAACUUACAUCGCAUCGUUCAGAACGCCAUCCAAAUUUUCCAUAUUGAUCGUCGGAAGCCCAGUGAUUUAGAGCCUGGAUAUAUCGUUGACGGCGUGAACGAGUUGUGCGGACGGCUAGUUGUUGUCCGUGGUGACGAUCCAUUGAGCCGAGAAGCCCAGUUGAAUGCAACACUAACAUUCAGGAUGCAUCUUCGAGCCACCUUCGCAUCUCGCCGUGUGUUAGAGAAGUUCCAUCUCACACGGGAAGCCUUUGAUUGGGUGAUGGGCGAGGUAGAGACCAAAUUUAAUCAGUCUGUGGUGCAUCCUGGUGAGAUGUGUGGUACUCUUGCUGCCCAGUCUAUCGGAGAGCCUGCCACCCAGAUGACGUUGAACACCUUCCAUUAUGCCGGUGUAUCCAGCAAGAACGUCACACUUGGUGUGCCACGUUUAAAGGAAAUUAUCAAUGUUGCAACCAACAUCAAGACGCCCUCGCUUACAGUCCACCUCGACCCAGAAAUCGCUGUUUCUUCAAGUCUAGCCAAGAACGUUCAGCAAGAGCUCGCAUAUACAUCAUUGCGAACGGUGACAGCUGCCGUUGAGAUCUGGUAUGACCCAGACCCAAGCUCUACCAUCAUCGAAGAAGAUUCCGUUUUCGUCGAGUCUUUCUUCGCCAUUCCCGAUGAAGAAAUUGAGUCCAAGCUUCAUCUACAAUCACCUUGGCUCCUUCGGCUGGAGCUUGAUCGAGCAAAGAUGAUCGAUCGCAAGCUUACGAUGCACUACGUCGCAAGCCGAAUCGCUGAGAGCUUCAAGACAGACCUUUUCGUCAUUUGGAGUGAAGACAACUCAGAAAAACUCGUUAUUCGUUGUCGUGUACUGGGAAGUGCAGACAAGGAGGACGAUGGGAACGGGACAAUUGAGGAGGACAUCUUCUUGCGACAACUCGAAAACACGAUGUUGAACUCCGUCAGCCUUCGUGGUGUUAAGGGCAUCAAUCGCGUGUUUUUGAUGGAAAACGACAAAAUCACUAUUGCGAAAGAUGGCAGUAUCAAGAAUGGCCAAGAGAAAGAGUGGGUGCUGGAAACGGAUGGUGUCAACUUGAAGACCGUGAUGUGCAUCGAUGGGGUCGACUUCAAGCGGACCUACUCGAAUAGCUGCGUGGAGAUAUUUAACGUGCUGGGAAUCGAAGCUGCGCGGGCCGCCAUUAUGAAGGAGCUUCGUGGUGUCAUUGAAUUCGAUGGUUCAUACGUCAACUACCGCCAUCUCGCAUUAUUGUGUGACCUCAUGACCCAUCGCGGAACCCUCAUGGCCAUCACUCGACAUGGGAUCAAUCGGGCUGACACUGGCGCUCUGAUGAGGUGUUCGUUUGAGGAGACCGUGGAGAUUUUAAUGGAAGCUGCUGCCGUCGGAGAGAAGGAUGAUUGUCAUGGCGUUGCUGAGAAUGUUAUGUUUGGUCAGAUGGCGCCCAUGGGUACAGGAGCAUUCGAAGUGGCUCUCGAUAUCGACAUGCUGAAAGAUGCAAUUGUGGAUCAUCGACUUCCCGUCCAAUCUAUGCUGGCAGCUCAAAUCGACGGAGGAAUGACUCCUGGUCAAGUUGCCAUGACUCCUUAUGACACUAACUCCCCUGUUUGGCACGACAAUCUGUUCAAGGGGGAUCCUGCCUCCGCAUCGUUUUCGCCCCUGGCUUCCAAUGGUGGUGAGGAUGCAGCGAACUUCCAAUACUUGGGCUUCGGUCAGAGCCCAUUAGGCGCAGGUGGGAUGUCACCAGGAGGACCAGGUUACAGUCCAAGUUCCCCAAAUGUGUAUUCCCCGACCUCUCCUAGUUUCGUCCCACAAUCGCCGUUCGGUGGAGCGACAUCACCGUUUGGAACAUCUCCCUAUGCUGCGUCACCAUACUACGACCCUUCUGCUCGCAAUCCAACGUCUCCCACCUAUUCACCAACGUCACCUGCACUCAACCUUACCUCGCCAGGCUAUUCGCCCACCAGUCCUCGUUAUUCACCCACAUCCCCAUCCUUCUCGCCAACAUCGCCUCGGUACAGUCCGCAGUCACCCUCAUUCAGCCCCACAUCACCUCGAUAUUCCCCAACGAGUCCAUCAUUCAGUCCAGCUUCACCUCGAUGUAAGUUUCUCUCUAUCAUCUACGAACCACUGCUUACUCUCUUCCCUCAUCAGAUUCUCCAACAUCUCCUACUCACAUGUCGCCAUCCUCUCCAAAGUAUUCCCCAACUUCACCAAUGGCGUCACCUUCCUCUCCAAAAUAUUCCCCCACGUCGCCGACUUAUUCACCAGCUUUCCAACCUCUCCAUCCUGGUCGCCGUCGAGUCCUGCACAGAGCAAGAACGGCGUGGGGCGUAG